AAAAGAUUCAGCAUUGUUGACUAGUGAUCUGUAUGAUCGUCGUCUUCUCACAUUAUACUGUUUUCUGAAGAAAAGGAAAUUUAUGAAUUUUCUCUGGUUACUAAGCAAGUAUAGCGCAUGUGUCUGUGAUUCCCCGGUAUCCAUUUAAUGCACCAUCCGAUAAGAAGGUAGCAGAAAUUACUUCCUGUUUAUAUGUGCUGAAUCUGAUUGCAUUACGUGAUCGACUUCGGAGUUAUUUGGAAGCUGUAUAAUGCGGGAUACAUUCUGCAAUUUCGAGUUCUAGUACCUACAACAAUAUACAGACAAAACUAAGUGAUAGUGCUAUACUUCCAUAAUUUUACAUAGAGAGUGAUUAGAUCAUGGAGGAAGACUUUCAGGAUCUCAAAAUAGAGGACAACUAUGAUGUCAAUAUACUGCUUUUGGGAGAAACUGGUGUUGGAAAGUCCACAUUCAUAAAUUCCAUUGCAAACUACCUACAUCACCAUAACUUGGAGAAGGCAAUUCAGGAGGAUCUUUUCUAUUUGAUACCCUGUAUGUUCAACAUCACGGAUGAGAAUUAUAGGCCUCAAAAAGUUCUUGUCGGAUCUGAUGAUAAUGAAUAUCAACUUGUUGGGGACUCUGCCACCCAAGAUGUCAGGACAUACGUAUUCCCCAUAGGAAAUGGCAAAACCAGACUGAGACUGAUAGAUUCCCCAGGCAUGGGGGAUCCCAGAGGAGUGGAACAGGACGACCAAAACUGCGAGAACAUCCUCUCCUACAUCGGUCAGCUCCACCACCUGCACGCAAUCUGUCUUCUCUUCAGACCCAACGAUGCCCGUAUCACCAUCACCUUCGAAUACUGCGUGAAACAGAUCCUCUCCAGACUCGACAAAUCAGCAGCCAGAAAUAUCCUUUUCGUUUUCACGAAUGGCAAGGCUACCAACUAUAAACCAGGUGAAACUAUAGCCUGUCUUAAGAAGGUGGUGGAAGAUAUAAAGAAACAACCGCCCUACGUGGAUAUCAAGGUGGACGACAACGUUUUCUGUUUCGAUAACGAAGCCUUCAGAUUCCUGGCAGCAGUUAAGAAGGGCAUUAAGUUUACGGAUAACACGAAGGAGGAGUAUUUCAAGAGUUGGAAGAACUCGUCGACUGAAGCUUGGAAACUCAUCAAGUACAUAGUUGGAGAUGUAGGUCGAGAUCCCUUAGAACCGCACAUGGUGAAAUCGUCAAAGUGUGUCAACGAGGCCAGAAGGGUGAUCAACCAGCUGGCCCAACCUAUGGCCGAUAUUUCUCAGCUGAUUCUCGACAAUUUGCAAAUUCUAGAUCGUAGACAGAAGGAACUGCAGCAGGACAACAUGAGUUUGGACAAUUUGAGGGGGAAACUGUACGUUCCUGUCAUCAAUUUACAAGUCAUCAAACUGACCCAACCAGCCACUGUGUGCUGCGAUCCCAAAUGCGCAGAGUUCGUAAAAAUCGAAGAUCGUAAUACGUGGAACUACAAGCAGAGAUGUCAUGAUCCUUGUCAUCUGCGAAAUGUUCCACGAGAUAUAAUCGGAGCACCUCAGUUAGAACAUUGCGCAGCUAUGGACAUACGAACCCAGACUUGCAUGAGGUGCGGUUGUGCCCAAACCGUUCACAUGCACAUUUACUAUAUGACGAAAAAGUUCGACGAUAAAAAAAUGGACACAAAUGUUCAAAAAGAGAUAACAUCAACGGAGAAGGCAUUGGCGGAGGCCGAAAGAGUGAUUGGGAAAAUAGUACAGAGAAAAACUGAACUGGAAUUUGAAAAAGAAGUCAUCAUCGAUUGUGCCGCUAAAUUCGCCAUAUUUCUACAGAACAAUGCCAUAACACCAUUUAAUGAUGCAUACAGGAAAUAUCUCAACUAUAUGAUUUUCCGAGAAAAAAGUUUAGGAGAGAGUGCCGAUCAACUUAUCAUUCAACACUUUCAAGAUCUUCUGGUCAAAUAUGACCAAAUCAAGAGUACAUUCGAUAAAGUGAAGGAAAUGUCAGGGAAGGCUGGUGGUGAAGUUAAGGAAUUACAAGCCCAAGAUAUACAAACAAUAUUGAAUAAACUUUAUUCCUUGAAACACAAUGGAAAGAAAAUAAAAGAAUUAUAUUCUUCACAAAAAACCUCCCGUAGGAAGGAAUAUGAACAAACUGAAUAUGUACAUUCAUCAACUGUCAAACAACCUGAAAUUAAUGCGAAUAAAACAAAAUCACAAAGUGAUGAAGAUAAAAAUAAAACAAAAAAACAAGGGAAAAAGCAGCCAGAAAAUAACGUCAAGAACUACCAUCAACACGGCAUUCACAAAAAUAAGCCAAAUCAGCAGAAUUUUAACAAACACUUAUUUCAAAAUUUAAAUAAGGAUAAUGUAACAGUUGUAACCCAGUCGCAGGGUACUAAAAAACAGAUCAAAAUCGAGAUAAACGAAAGUAGGUCUGAUACUGAACGAAAGAAAAAUCAGAACAAAAACCAGCAAGGCAAUACCAAAUUAUUCGUCCUUAACAACAAGGGUCCUGGUCAAAACAAGAACUCGCAGGGUCAGGCGAAGCAGCAGGACGGCAAAAAGAAUAAUCAAGGUCCAACACACAUUUUCAGCAACAAACAGUCAAACUCCCAAAAUAAUCCUACUGGUUCUUAUAAAGCGCCUUAUCAAGCCCGUGAAAAUAUUCCUCCGCCGCCUUAUGAUGCUACUCGUCCAACUCAGGAUCCUCGAUCGCCAUCUGGUCCUUACGACUACCGCCCACCCUACGAUGCUCGUCCUCCGUACGACUAUCGACCACCUCAAGACGCUCGUCCACCUUACGACCCUCGUCCACCCUACGAUCCUCGUUCACCACAUGAUGCUCGUCCACCCUACGACCCUCGCUCACCACAUGAUGCUCGUCCACCCUACGAUCCUCACUCACCACAUGACACUCGUCCACCCUACGACUAUCGCCCGCCUUAUGACGCUCGUCCACCUUACGAUCCUAGAUCACCCCCAGACACUCGUCCACCCUACGACUAUCGUCCGCCUUAUGACGCUCGUCCUCCUUACGAUCCCCGAUCCCCCAAUGACGCUCGUCCAGCUUAUGAUGCUCGUCCUCCUUACGAUCCUCGAUCACCCAAUGACGCUCGUCCAGCUUAUGAUGCUCGUCCUCCGUACGAUCCCCGAUCACCCAAUGACGCUCGUCCAGCUUAUGAUGCUCGUCCUCCGUACGAUCCCCGAUCACCCAAUGACGCUCGGCCAGCUUAUGAUGCUCGUCCACCUUGGGACGUUCGUCCUUCCUACGAUGCUCGUCCACCGAACGACACGUUCUGGCGUUCAGGCGGACGUUCCGACACGCAAAAGAAACCUUCUUCCGAUAAAAAUAACAGCGACGGAGGCAAACAAAGGCGACGAAGACGCAGAAACAAUGACAGCGGUAACGAGAGUUUCAAAAGUUGCGAUGACUCGGAUUGAGAGAUCUCGCUUUUUGUUUUGUAUAUCCUCGGAAAAAAUUAUUAUUGAUAAUUGAUUUUUCGUGUGUAUAUAUAGCUAGUAUUUUUAUAUGGUUUAUGUGGUUUUAUACAUCUAUGACAAUAUUCCCUUAUAAGUAUCAAUUUUGUUAUAAAAAUAUCUGUUUUCAAGAGUAGAACCUUAAUUAUAAUAAACAUUGAAAAAUGUUAUAUUUUUUCCUUUUUUUUUCUACAACUAUUGGAAAAUAAUAUGUAGAUAUUAAAAAAAAAUGUGACUUAUUGUUGUGAGAUUAAGAAUGGAAUAAAAAUUAUAUUGGUU